AAAGUGCUCGUCCCCGAAAAUGGUAGCAAGCCCGACCAAGUCCCAACUCUCAGUGCCUCCACUCUCUCUACUCUCUAGUCUCCACCUCGGCACCUCCUCUGAGGCCGAGACACUUCACGGGUACAUGGACAAGUUGGCAUCCUGCUUCGUCCAGCAUGGAGCACCAUCCCAAAGCUUCAAGCCCUACGCUCCUCAGAGAUCCACUACCCAGAUCUCGCCUGGACGCAGCCGAUCCGUUCCGGUCGUCCGGUGCGCCGCCGCCCAUGCUGCUACAGUUACAGCCCCCAAAGUCACCAGCGUCGACGUCGCAAAUGUUGGCAGCGGCAGCUUCGACUUCGAGCGCUACCUGUCGGCCACCGCCAAGGCCGUGCACGACGCGCUGGACGCCGCCCUGCAGGGCCUGCGGUGCCCCGAGUCCCUGAGCGAGUCGAUGCGCUACUCCGUCCUCGCCGGCGGCAAGCGCCUCCGCCCCGCGCUGGCCAUCGCCGCCUGCGAGCUCGUCGGCGGGCCCGCCGCCGCCGCAACGCCGGUGGCCUGCGCCGUCGAGAUGAUCCACACCUCGUCGCUCAUCCACGACGACAUGCCGUGCAUGGACAACGACGCGCUUCGCCGCGGCCGCCCCUCCAACCACGUCGCCUUCGGCGAGCCCACGGCGCUGCUCGCCGGAGACGCGCUCCUGGCGCUGGCGUUCGAGCACGUGGCUCGCGGGUGCGCGGCCGCCGGCGUCCCCGCCGACCGCGCCCUCCGCGCCGUCGUGGAGCUCGGGAGCGCGGCGGGCGUGGGCGGCGUCGCCGCGGGGCAGGUGGCCGACAUGGAGGGCGAGGGGUCCGCGCCCGUGGGACUCGCCGCACUGGAGUACAUCCACGUGCACAAGACGGCGCGGCUCGUGGAGGCCGCGGCGGCGUCGGGCGCCGUGGUCGGGGGCGGCGGGGACGCCGAGGUGGAGCACGUCCGCCGGUACGCGCACUUUUUGGGGCUCCUGCUCCAGGUGGUGGACGACGUGCUGGACGUGACGGGCACGUCGGAGCAGCUCGGGAAGACGGCGGGCAAGGACGCCGCCGCCGGCAAGGCCACGUACCCGCGGCUGUUGGGCCUGGAGGGGGCGCGCGCGUACGCUGGGGAGCUCCUCGCGAAGGCCGAGGCCGAGCUCGACGGGUUCGACGCCGCGCGCGCCGCGCCGCUGCGGCACCUCGCCCGGUUCGUGGCGUACAGGCAGCACUGAAACUCUGAAAGUGAUGACGUGUUCAUUGACGACUUCGCUGAAGCUUUUUUUUUUUUUGAGACCCCGACUUCGCUGAAGCGAGAGAGGGCAGCUCAGAUGGAGCGAUAAUACCUCCGCGGGAGCCCAAAGGAGUUAUGGGCCCAAAGUAUUUAUGGGCUUUCUAGUGCAGCCCAAAGGAGUUACGGGCCCAAAGUCUUUAUGGGCUUUCUGGUGGACUGUGGUUUAGCCCAUUUCUUACCAGCCCAAAUUUGAGUUGGUUUCGGGCCUGUCCACGGAGCAGAGCAGUGGCCUCUGGAGUCUGGACUAAAGGUUAACUUUCUGCUGAAAGCUUUUGGAAGUGCAGUUCGUUGUUC